GGAGCCAUUUCCGACAGGGCGGCGGCGCGGGGCUGUGCGGGUUUGUUUGGGGCUGCGGGGCUCUGAGGGACCGCCUGAGACCGAGGGACCGCGCGGAGCUGAGGAGCUGCGCGGAGCCGAGCGGGGCCGAGGGGCAGCGGGCCAUGGUGCCCAGCAAAGGCCGCCCCGGCCGGGGCCCGCGGGCCGCGCCCGCAGCGGUUAAUAAUUGUGGUCUCCAGCUGGUCAUCCAGACCUCGUCAAUACCAGAAAAAUCCAAACCAUUUGAAUUCAGGAUAAAUAAAGAACAGUCAUCUUUCCACAACAGACUUCUGCAACAUGAUCUGGAAAGAAACUACUCAGGAAGACAAGAUAACACGAAUUUUGGGAGCAGUUCAUCAAUAACAUUUCCUGUAUUGCAACGUACUGCUGAAGAAAAGAUUCUGAACUCAGAUAGACUCACCCUGGAAAGGCAAAAACUGACAGUGUGCCCAAUUAUUGAUGGGGAAGAUCACCUUCGUCUUUUGAAUUUCCAGCAUAACUUUAUAACUCGUAUCCAAAAUAUUUCUAAUCUCCACCAUCUUGUUUUCUUAGAUUUAUAUGAUAAUCAGAUUGAAGAGAUAAGUGGGGUUUCAACUUUGAGAUCCCUGAGAGUCCUUCUGUUGGGAAAGAACAGAAUAAAGAAAAUCUCAAAUCUGGAGAACCUAAAAAACCUUGAUGUUUUAGAUCUUCAUGGAAAUCAGAUUGCCAAAAUAGAAAACAUCAGUCAUUUAAGUGAACUGAGAGUGUUAAACCUUGCCAGAAACCUCCUAACUGUUGUAGAAAACCUGAAUGGACUGGAUUCACUCACAGAGCUCAACCUCCGUCAUAAUCAAGUCUCUGCUAUAAAAGAUGUGGAUACUUUACCCUGUCUCCAGCGUCUCUUCCUCAGCUUCAACAAUAUAUCUAGUUUUGAGGAUAUUCUGUGCCUUGCUGAUUCCUCAUCCUUGUCAGAUAUCACCCUUGAUGGCAAUCCAAUAGCUCAGGAGACAUGGUACAAACACACUGUUCUCCAUCAUAUGAUGCAGCUUCGACAGCUAGAUAUGAAGAGAAUCACAGAAGAAGAAAGACGUAUGGCAUCUAUUGCAGCAAGGAAAGAGGAAGAAAGGAAGCGUGAAAGCCAUAGACAGACCUUGCUUAAGGAAAAGAAGCGGUUAACGAUUGGUAACAUUGCUCGGCAGUGGGAGAUCCAGCAGAACCGAAUUGCUCUUGAGGCUUCUUUAAACAAAGAUAAAGAAAAUGAGCCCUGCCAGAUCAAUGGCAGUGCUGCAUAUGUAUUUCCUGAAGAAAGCAGAUCUCUUGAUACAAUCCUGAGCAGUGCAGUACAAGGCUUGUCUGUUCUAGAGUCUCAUUUAGUGGAAGUGGAAGGAGACACUCUUGGCUUGUAUGGUGCUGGAGCACUGGAGUGCCUGGAUCGAAACUGGAGUGUUCAAACAGCUGGCAUUAUUGCCACAGUCUCCUUUAUGUUCAUAGAAUUUGAUGAAAUUGUUCAAGUAUUAGCAAAACUGAAGACAAAAUUUCCUAAUUGUGUGCACCUGAAGUUUAAGGAGACAAAUCUUGUGGCGCUGCAGCAGUUCAAUGCAUUGGCUGAGAUGCAUCGCAUGGAACAGUUGACAAUUGAUCCUCAGGGAAAUCCAGUUGUCAGCUUAACUUUGUGGAAAUACUAUGUUCUGUUCAGACUGAACCAUUUUAAUCUACAGAAGAUAAAUGGAGUGAAGGUUACUGAAAAUGAUAUUUUAAAGGCAGAACGGCUCUUUGGCAUUCUGGCAUAUGUGGCAUCUUCAGAGCUGCCACAUUAUCGCAUGCUUUCAUUAUUUGGAGAAUCCAGGAGGAAGCAAUUCCAUUAUCUGCUGGAGGGAAAGGGAAAGAAAUCUGGGGUUGGGAGUGAGGAAAGUAGUGAUAACAGAAGAAGCGGAGGAGAAAGCACAGCUCGAGCAACAUUGAAUUACAUGACGAAGGAUUUUCAUAUGGAAAAGCUUGAGUCUUUUUUUCAGAAUACUCAAAUACUCAAAAUGCUCAGUUUCUGUCUUUGGUGAAGUGAUUCCUGAGCAGUGCCACAGUCUCAGAAGUACAUUCUCAUGUACAAGCCAUAUGGAGUGGGCACAAUAUGUUUAUGAAGAAAAAUGAAUAUUGCACAUGUUGGAUUUUCCCUGAAUGAAUUGGUGAAGAGCACCUUUAGAGAAUACGUGAGAUAGUGCAGGCUGAAGUAAUAAAAGGCUGCUUCCUAGCUUUUAAGUGAGUUACAGGAAAAUAAACAUAUAGGCAAUGUAUUAGAUUUAAUUAUUAAUAAAAUUGCAAGCUGGCUUGUUUCAGACAAGGGCAUCAGUCACGCUUAUUUUAGUUUGUGUUUCUGAUCUGCUAAUUCUUUUGCUUGGGGAGAGGGAAAUUGUUCCCAGGGAGAAUAUGAUUUUUUUAGCCAUAGUCUCCCUUCUGAGUAAUCAUUCUGAAUUCUAACUGUGGGUAUUCCCCACAUUUGUCCCAUUGUUUGCUUUUAGAUCAUUUGGAAAUAUAUAAAUCCUGUAGUGCAAGAAAUUAAAUCAAGUUCAGUAAUCACUGAAUUCUCUUAUUCCAUUGUGAUUUUGUUAUCUUAAAUCCACAUCAUUAAAAGGAGACAGUGACUGCAUGUGUAGAGAGAUUAAAUUAAGAAAACAUUUUAGUCUCAAAAGCUGUGACAGUAGCUCUUACAUCUUUGAACAGCGUGGAGUAAGACAGUGAAGUAUUCCUUUUGUCUUUUACCAUGGAACCAGCCCUAUAAUAAAAUAAAAUAAGUUUAGUAUUCGUACAGCCCAUUAAGUAAAUGUGUUGUUUUCUCUUCCCAGUGCAGCAAUUCCCACCUUGUCCUUUGCUGUAGCAUUGUGCAUGUGGCAGCAGGUACUGCAGGGUGUCACAAGAGUACAUCCAGGCAAAAAGGACGCCUUCCACUUCCCCUGCAGCAGUAAACUAACAUCAGAAAUGUGACUGAAGAAGUGUAUUGCUAAAGCAUGACAGUCUUGGGUCUUUGAUUAAUAAUUUGGGAUUUUAGCUGAAACUGCUAGAAAGCAUUUUCUCACCUUUAUUAUACAAUAAAGAAAACAUUUGUUUUUGUGGCCUGAAGCAUGAUCUCACAUUUUUAACAAUGCCACCAUCCAAACUAGUUAGAUAUUUAGCUCCAAUAUAACCUACUGUUCAAGGCUUAAGGCAUUUUAUAGAAACUUUGCAGAAGCAGGGAUUAAUACAGCUUGAGUUACUAAAAUGCAAAGCUAGAAGUUGCACAAAGCACAGUAUCUUUUUAUUAUUUUUAAAGUUUUUCAUUUUACUUCAGUAUUUAAUGUAAUGCACAUUUAGGAACCAGCACUUGCCAGAGUGCCUGUAGAAAAGGAUGGGUACUGGCAUGUUUUUCUAUGACAAUGUUCUUGUUAGGGCAGGUAG